UAUAUGAAACAAAUUUAAUCUCAGUUACAGUACUAUUUCAAUUUUACGGAAUUGGAUUGAUUCUAAUUCAGUACGUAUAUCUACAUGUACCUAAAUAAAAAGUGGGUGUAUGUUGUGUCUUGGUGUGGGCAAACGUCAAUCAAAAUCAAUCACAAGCGAUCCAUAAGAUUGAUAAAGUUUGCAUCUGGGCGGGCGGGCGAGUUAUUCCCAGCGCAAGCGGAGUGAGGCGAGGGUACAGAGGGGCUUUGGUGACUUACGUAGCGGUCAGUGUGCCGGCGGAUAUCGCGGCCGCCAUGGGCAACCAACACUCAAACUCCUACGCCGGUCUAAAGCCCAAGAAAAACGUUCAUUGGAGAUCAGCAGGGCGACCGUCUGCGCCAGGAAAACCAGAUGUGAUUCCGGUACGUUCGGAUGACGAACCUAAUGCUGUGACGUUACGUUGGACUACCUCCGUCCAUGAUGGAGGGGCACCUUUACGAGGAUACCAAGUUGAAUGUAAUCGUCUCGGGUCAUCAGAAUGGGUGCGCACUUCACCUCCUAUUGUUCUACGCCCCGAGUUGGUGUUGUCUGGCCUUGAACCCCCACAUAGGUACCAAUUUCGUGUGGCAGCGAUUAAUGCCGUCGGACAGUCGGACUAUAGCGAACUAUCUGACGUACUUAAUGUUAACUCCGAUAGCGUACAGAACGAAGCCCCGAUAUUUCUUCAAUAUCUAGAUGAUGUUAUAGCUUUAGAAAACGAUAAAACUGAGUUUCGAGUAUCAUUCUCGGGCAAACCCAUUCCAACCAUCGCAUGGUUUAAAGAUGAUUUUGAAAUAUUUAGCAGUAGAAGAACGGCAAUAUGUACAACUGAAGCUACUAGCGUUCUUAUUUUUCAUCAAACGCUUCCCAGUGAUGAAGGUGAAAUUAAAUGUACAGCCACGAAUCGUUUAGGACAUACAAUAACAAAAGCGCAUCUCACUUUAGAAGCUGCGCCCAAGUUGCGCUAUCCGCGCCAAUACGAAGAUGGCCUUCUUUAUGAGAUUAAUGAAACUGUCUAUUUGAAAACCACUAUCGUAGGCAAGCCCGUUCCAAGUGUUGAGUGGCGACAUGAUGGACAACCAUUGAUACCAGAUGGCCGAAUAGAAAUAACAACCACUUCAAAGUUUUCCAUUUUGAAAAUUCACUCGGCUAGAAGAAGUGAUAGAGGAGAAUACCAAGUACUUGCUAAAAGUAACAUAGGCGAAGACACGGCUGCAUUUUUAGUCACAAUAACUGCCCCUCCUGAUCCACCACAAAGAGUUACUGUCACCAGGCAAGUUGACAAGUCCGUAACAUUAGAUUGGGAGCCCCCAGAAGAUGACGGUGGAUGCCGCAUUGGCAACUACGUCAUUGAAUAUUACAGAACUGGUUGGAACGUUUGGUUAAAAGCUACAACAAGUCGGAAGACCAGCAUUAUUCUGUUCGAUUUGAUAGAAGGCAGUGAAUAUCGUUUUCGUGUUAAAGCAGAAAGUCCAUAUGGCAUGAGUGCACCAAGUGAAGAGUCAGCAUGCGUACGAAUACCAGGAAAACCUGUGGAUAUGGAGUUUCUAGCGGUGGAAUCGAAGAUAAUAAAUGAAGAACUCACAAAGGAGAAUGCAAUGGAAGUUAAAGUAUCACCAGCACCUCGACGAAAGCGUACUUUAGCUGGAUCAAGUUCUCCAGUCUACACGCCAUCGAAAGAUAUAUCAGAGGCACAAGUUUCACCAGUGCCUCGAAGACGACAGAGGUCAGUUUCAGCACGUGAUCCAUCUGAAAGCAAUGAGUUUAUGCUGGUCCUUUACCCAGACAAUAAUAAGUCAGCAGAAAAAGCUGAAAAAAGAAAAUCGUUUCAACUAGAUUUGGAAGACGCGCUGUCACCCCCACCGAUUUCUUUGUCAGCACCAGAACUUAGUUCACGUAAUGUUUUCCCAUUCAAAGCUCUACGAAAUGCCGUCAGCUCAACUGAAUUAUUGCAUGAACGAGCAAUGGCAAGGUUUUAUACAGCUGUUGCCAUGAAAGAAGAACAAAGUAAACAAAAACAAGAGAGUGAAAAAAUGAUAGAAUAUAGAAAUAAUAAUAUAGAAAUAGAACAAAACAAAAGUCCCAAAUUAUAUGCGAUUGAAUCUAAAACACCGAGUAAUACAAUAAAAACACCAGAUAUAUUUAUAAAAACAGAUUCUUUAGAGAAUAGGCACUACAGAUAUAAAUCCCAAGACCGCCAGGAGUCCGAAGACACAGUUCAUAAUUCGCAGCAAAUGUCCUUCGAUGAGGAUUACACGGCCAGCACUGUUUCAUCAGGCGGUGAGUAUUCUGAUGAAGAGGGUGAAAGUUUAAUAGAAGACAUAGAUAGACAAAGCCAGUAUUCCUACGAAGGCGAAACUUAUAACCCAAGAGAUAAAAUAAUUCAUCAGUCACAUAAUGAAUUUAUAGAAGUACGCGACGAAAACAUAGAAAGAGAAUUAAUAAUGAAACCGAUACCUCUCCCUGAUCCCAAUUUUGUUCCUAAACCAAUACUUAAAAAAAAAGAUACCCAUAUGCCAAAUACAAAAAACUCUUAUUUACAUAAAUCAAAUGAAAAAGUAAACAAACUAAAUAAGAAGGAAGAUAAAAUUAAUAUUUUAAAAAAAUUAACAAAUUUGCCAAUUCAAAAACCUUUUGGUUUACCGAAAUUAAUAAGCAGAAAAGACAAACCAAAAUCAACCGAUACAGCUAUUGAAGUAAAUGUUACUAAAAAAGUGAGUGCAAUGGAGUCAAAACAAGAUCAGCUGGAUGAUGAAGGAAAAACAGUUAUUGAUUAUUAUGGGAACAUUGUGAAAGAAUAUGGAAGUAACAAAAAGUCUAAUACUCCCCUGUAUCUUAAUACUGAAGAUUUAAAAUCUGUUGCUGAAAAUCAGGAAUAUAAUACGAGAGAAGAUACAGAAGCAAAAUCAUCAAGCAAAUUUGAUGAAAAUCAUGUAUCUUUAGUAAAGAAAAAUAAAAAAACAACAUUUAAAAAGAUCCAGGGUAAACAACAGAAACUAGAUAGGGCUCGAAAAUUAGAAAAAAUGAAAAGUACAGUUAAUAUUAAAGAAAUUUGUCAAGAAAAUAAUCGACAGAAACAUGCAAGCUCUUUAGAAAGCGCCCAAGUUAUUCUUAAAACGGCUGAACGGGCAACCAUUGUAAUUCCUAUAGAUUAUCAAAAGUUAGAAAAAAAAGCAAAGUUAAAGGUAAGAUCAGCCAUAGACUACACAGUUGAUGUAUGUUUACUGGUGUUGGCUUUUUGGGUUUUCUUUUUCAAAGACGAGCGACUAGCCAUACCACUUUUGUUUCUCAUAAUAUACCGGCAGUUACAAGAAACAAUAUAUUUUAAUAUUCCUCAACUAUUUAAUCGUUAUAAUCCACCAUGGUUAAAGAAGAAAACAUCUUGACGUGUCAACGAGGGUGUUAUCACUUAAUUAUGUACUAUCUAAUAAAUAUUGUGUGGAGGUUUAAAGUAUUCUUGCCAUGAAUGUUUACUUUUUUUUCUCUAUAAUCUAGUAAGCUAUGACUUGAUAACAUUUUA